AUUAUUAUCUUAUAUAUUAUCUUAUUACAUAUAUUAUCUCGGUAGGUAUAUUAUCUUACAUAUGUAGCCCUUCAUAAUUUAAAUGUAAACUAUACGCAUGCGCAUUUUGCGUAUCUGUUACUGUCGUCUGCACCCUAUGUUUGAUUCAUUAAAAUUAAGUUUUCAGUUAUCGCAAAAAUAAUUAAUUAGAAGCCUUCGCAUCGAAGUUUUUUAUAAGAGAAUACAUACUAUUAAAAUUUUGUAAAAGUAGUGUCGAUUUUAGAGGAAGCCGUAAGUGACUGUUCUGAUUGACAUUUGAAAGUGAGGUUAAAAUGAGAAUUUUUAUAAACAUUUUUAAAUUGUUCGUUGCGUUUCUCUCCAACUACGCACGUGGCCUAUUUUAUAUUGUAACUACAAUUUUAAUUUUGUGUUAUUGUUUACAUCCGGCGAGAUUCGCUUCGCAUUAUACAUUCAUAAAAACUGAAGAUAUUAAUCAUGAAAUGGAAAGAUCAUAUCCACCAAGAGAUAACUCUUGUACCAUUCCAAUAAGUAAUGAACGAUCUUCUCAGUUACUAUAUCCAAGGUAUUAUAUUCAAGAAGAUCCAGUUGCCAUAGCUCGUCGUUUGGGAAUCCUUCCUGGAGGACAAUGGAAACCAUUGAAUUGUUAUCCUCUUUUCAACGUUGCUAUUAUUUUACCAUAUCGCAAUCGACAAAGGCAGCUUACCAUCUUUAUGAAUUACAUACAUCCUUUCUUACAGGCACAGAAUCUUAAUUAUAGAAUAUUUGUAAUAGAGCAAAGCCCUAUGCGAGAAUUUAAUCGUGCCAAAUUGUUUAAUGUCGGAUAUGCGGAGGCAACUAAAAUCAAUGAUUUUCAUUGUUUCAUAUUUCAAGAUAUAGAUUUGAUACCACAGAAUCUUAACAAUAUCUAUGCUUGCACUAAAAUGCCAAGACAUAUGAGUUCCAGUGUAAAUACGUUCCGGUAUAAUUUACCUUAUACUGGUUUAUUUGGAGGAGCAAUAGCAUUGACUCGUAAGCAAUUUGAAAGGGUUAAUGGCUUUUCUAAUGUUUUUUAUGGGUGGGGUGGAGAAGAUGAUGAUUUUUAUAGCCGUCUACAAUCAAGAGGACUUCAAAUUACACGGUUUGGGCCUGAUGUAGCAAAGUACUAUAUGAUGAUUCAUAAGAAAGAAUCUCCUAGUAAUGCGAGGUUUGCAAAUUUAGAAAAUGCUGCUAGAAGAUAUGAUACCGAUGGUAUUAGCAAUCUUGAAUACAGAGUAUUAAAUCAUCAGCUACGACCAUUGUAUUCUUGGAUAUUAGUUGAUGUUUAAUUUUAACUUUAUACUUCAUUUUGUAUAAUCUUUACAGUUCUUUUCUGUUGUACUAUUUGCAACUAUUAGAUAUCAACAGUAUAAUAAAAUGUCAUUAGGUCUAGUAUUUUAUAAUUUAUAUUUAUGGUUGUACAUUUACAAACUUAUAUACUAAUUGUGAUUAGAGAGUGAUUAGUUGAUAUUAACAACUAGUAUAUACAAGGUUUGAAUUGUAUAUAUGUGUUUUGCAAAUAUCAUGUUGACUGUGUCAUUUUUUUACAACAUUAUAUGCUAUGGCUUUGGAGUCUAUAUAAUAUAAUCAUGUCCAUAUAUUCCUAGCUUUGCAAAGAUCAUGUUUAUCGAAGUUUUAAGUGAAAUAAAUAUUACAUGGUAAAAAUAUUUAUUAUAAAUAUUUACAGUGAGAAUACUUGUGCAAGUAGAUAGUAUGUAAUAUAUAUAUUACUAUAUUAUGCAGUAUA